GUCACAUUGGCGUAACAUUCCAACGGUUGUGCGUUUCGUGCGCAAAGCGAUUAAAGUGUUUUUCUUUGCAUUCUUCAAUAAAUAAUGUUAACUUUGGCAAAUAUUUCCGAAUUAUGUCGCAUAUGCCUGCGACACUUGCGACAACAACAGCAGCAACAUGCUGCAACAGGUGGCAGCCCGUCGACGAUGCAACGCAAUCGAUCCAGUUACAAUUUCAGGGCGCUGCCCCAUUUGGCCAAGAUGUUGAAUCAGUUCUUUGGCAUUGACGUGUUGCAGCAAUCGGACAACUUGCCGCAAAACAUUUGCACAUUGUGCUACAAUGCCGUCGAAUACUUCGACCAGCUGUGCAACGUUGCGGCGCAAACCAACGAGACAUUAAAGCGUCUAACACUUGCCCAGGAGGAAGAUGACCAAAAGAAGAAGACGACAACGGCAGUGUCAUUGGUGGACACCCAUUUGUUGCCGCACGUAAAAGAUGAGCCCAUAGACGAUGAUGCAGCUCUCGAGCAGCCACAAGAUGCGACAGAUGAAGACGCAGCUUCAGCAACGGACGCUGACGCUACAGCUGAUGCUGAAGGUGAAGCAGAUGCUGAGACAGAGGGCAGAGACGAAGAGGCGACGGCCAGCAAACGCAAGCUGCUCGCGUGCCAACAAUGUGGCAAACAGGUCUAUAAGCUCCCCUACUUGGAGGCGCACAUACGCAGCGUCCACGAGGGACAUCCGAAACCCUUCCUGUGUGCCAAUUGCGACAAGGCCUUCACACGCUACGAGCAACUGCGUUCGCAUAUGCGUAACGUACAUCCAACUGCCGUGGCAGCCACAAAUGAGGCAAAUGAUGAGCUGGAGUUGAUCUGUGAGCAAUGCAAUCGCAAAUAUAGUACAAAGAAUGCGCUGGGGGAGCAUCUGAAGCGACAUGCGCAGGACAAGCCGCACAUCUGUGAGCAUUGUGGCGUGGCGAAGGUCACUCGCACCGAGCUCCUCACGCACCUGCGCAUCCACAAUCCCGACUGGGAGAAGUUCAAGUGCAAGCAAUGUCCGCAGCUCUUUCGCCACAAGAGCGCCAUCAGUCGUCAUGUGCGCGUGGUGCACGAGGGGCAACGGCGCUUCCAGUGUGGACAUUGUCAGAAGCGAUUCGGCACGCAUGCCUCGCAGGUGCGACACGAACGUUUGCACAUUGCCUCCUUCUAGUUGAGGUGCAAUUCCAAUUCAAUAUUCCACAAAGAAAAAAGACAAUUAGCAUUUAAGAGACUUUACAUUUUUACCUUAAGAAAUCAUUACAGAAAUGCCUUCUUGAUUCAUUAUGUUUAUCAUUUUUGUUUUUAUAUUCCUUACAACAUUCCCAUCAUUGUUCUUUGCCUUACAGCACAAGUUUAUGUAGCAACAAUGAAAUCUAGAUUUAAACAUUUUGUACUGUUGAAGCAGAGCAUAAAAUUCUCUGUUAAUUAA